CAGCCACCUCCUGCCUGUGCGCGGCCGGCGGCCGGCCAUGCCGGGGCCACCGCCAGGGUGCCCGGGGCCACCGGAGCCGGGGGUGGCCGGGCUGGGAUGGCCACCGGGAGCCAACGGGGCUGCUCCCGGCACGGCGGGGGACGGCGGGGCACCCAAGAAAGAAACCAAGMUGCUCCUCAAGGAAAGGAUCCCUGCCCAGGACAGCUGAUGGAGCCCCGUGGAUCAGCUCUUUCUGGUAUGAAGCGAUCAUAAUUUUAUGACCCAGAGGGAUCCUCUGACUGCUCGAGGGACCCCUUCUGAAGGGCGAGCCAUGCAGUAGGAGCCGGCAGAACCCACGGAGAGAGGGACACGGCGGUGCCACGGGAAGGACGGGACAUGCGGAGCCGCGGCUUCCUCCUCUGGAGCAUCCUCCUCAUCCUCACCGCCGGCACCGAGAGCUUCACCCGCACGGGCCGCAGGGUGUGUGCUGCGGGGCCGCGGAGCCGGCAGAGCGCCCACACCGAGUCCCACGUGCAGCCCGUGUACCAGCCCUACCUCACCACCUGCCAGGGCCAGCGCCUCUGCAGCACCUACAGGACCAUCUACAAGGUUGCCUACAGGCAGAGGUACAGGCAGCUGCCCGAGCCCACAGCCCCGUGCUGCCCYGGCUGGAGCAGAGCAAACAGCCCUGGACUGGGCUGUACCAGAGCUCUCUGCUGGGAGCCGUGCCAGAACGGAGGCACCUGCGCCUUCCCCGGGAGAUGCUCCUGUCCCCCCGGCUGGACAGGGCCAUCCUGCCAGACAGACGUGGAUGAAUGUGCCAGCCAGAGCCACGGGUGCAGCCAGCUCUGCGUCAACACAGCCGGGAGCUUCCACUGUGCCUGCCAGGACGGYUUCAGCCUGGCUGCCGACCACAAGGACUGCCAGCCCCCGGUGCCAGCGCCUGGGACAGACCCCUCCAGCCCCACAGGUGCCUCCAGUGAAAUGAAGGAAGAAAUGGAGGAGCUGAGGGGCAGAGUGGAAGCGCUGGARCAGAAGCUCCAGCUGGUGCUGGCCCCCUUCCACAACCUCAUGCCUCCGGAGGAUGUUGGUGCAGACCCCAUCAGCCGCCUGUCCCACUCCCUGCAGCAGCUGGACAGGAUCGACUCCCUGAGCGAGCAGAUCUCCUUCCUGGAGGAGMGGCUGGAGACCUGUUCCUGCAAGAACGAACUCUAGCAGAGUGCCUGAGGCCCUGGAGCAAGCCAAGUGCAUCCACAGCUCUUAUCUCCCUCUCCAGCCCCAGGCUGGGAUGAAGCCACACCYUCCACAGGAAGGCACGGGGCAGCAGGACAAGGUUCCCAUCAGCAUCUCCAUCGUUCUCUUCCAGCUCACCUCACGAGAGGUCACCCAGUUCCUUCCAAACUGGACUCGGGGCCCUCUCCCUGCUGGAGAGGCAGCAAAUAAAAGUUUUACCUCGUGCCAUGAGCGCCUGGCUGUGCCAGACUGCCUGGGUGUGAACU